AUGGCGCAUUUGUACCCGCACCUGCGCUUGCACCAGGUGUUUGGCGCAAACACCGAUGUGGGCAAGACCAUCUUUACGACGGCGCUGUGUCUGGCGUCGUCGGCGCUGCCGCUCGGCUCCACCUCGGCGGGGCCGGAGGAUGUGUUUGCGGCAUCGGCACAGGGGCUGGGAGAGCGCGUGCACUAUCUGAAGCCGGUCUCGACGGGUGCGCUGACGGACGCCGACGAUGCACACGUGUCGCGCUACGUGCCGCGUGCCCAGUACAAGACGCUGUACAGGUUCACCGAACCGGUGAGCCCGCACCUUGCGGUCGAGCUCGAGCGUCGCGCCAAGCUGGCGGAGCGGGAGACGGGACAGGAACCUGCACCGCCUAGCGACGAGGAGUUUGUGCGCGACGUCGGCAACUGGAUCCACGCUGCUGCGGCAGCACAGCACGAGGGCGCAGUGGCGUACGUCGAGACGGCCGGCGGCGUGCAUUCUCCCGGUCCGAGCGGGCUGUCCCAGUCGCAUCUUCUGCGUCCGUUGAGGAUGCCGACGGUGCUCGUGGGAUCGGCUGAGCUCGGGGGGAUUAGCACCACAAGGUCCGCAUUCGAAAGCCUGCUGGUGGCAGGAUACGACGUGGAGGCGGUGCUGCUCUUCCCCUCGCCGCGCUACGGCAACGUCGAGUACCUGCGCAAGUUCUUUGCUGACGAACACAACAUCCCCGUGUUUGGUCUGGGUGGUCCGAACGAUUCCCACACGUACGGUCCGCCACCCACGCGCAACGUCGACAGUGCUGCCGACCGUGCAGCCAUGGCGCGCUUUUACCAGGGGCUCGUCAGGGGUCGCACGCCCGAGUCGGCGGAAGAAAGCGCGGACGGAGUGUACGGUGUGGUGCGACACCUGCGCUCGCGACACGCAGCGCGCAUCCGCGAGCUGGGCAGCAUGGCGCAGCGCACGCGCGACACGUGCUGGUGGCCCUUCACCCAGCACCAGCUCACGCGCACCAACGCCGAGGUCAACGUGAUCGACAGCGCCUACGGCGACUUCUUCAGCAUGCUCGACCAACGCCCCGCCAACAGCAGCGGAGGUGGCGGGGGACUUUUGCAGCCCGUGUUUGACGGAAGUGCAAGUUGGUGGACGCAGUGUUUGGGACAUGCACCCCAGCGACUCGUGACGGCCGCAGCGCAUGCGGCGGGACGAUACGGACAUGUGCUCUUCCCCAACGGCACGCACGAACCAGCCCUCCAGCUCGCAGAACAGCUCACGGGCAAAACCACCGCCGAGGCUUCGCUCCAGACGAAUCCAGGGUAUGCAUGGGCGGACAGGGUGUUUUUCAGCGACGACGGAAGUACGGGCAUGGAGGUGGCGCUCAAGAUGGCGCUGCAGGCGUCGAUUGCGCGCUAUGGCGUGCAGGCCUCGAGCGACAGGGCGGCGGAGAAGGCCAAGCCGGGCCAGCAACCGGGGUAUAGGGGUGGCAGACCCAAGCAGGAGUGGGAGGUGCUCGGGCUUAAGGGCAGCUACCAUGGCGAUACGAUUGGCGCCAUGGAUGCGUGCGAGCCGAGCGUGUACAGCGAGGCCGUGCACUGGUACCGCGGCCGAGGCUUUUGGUUCGACCCUCCCACCGUCGAACAGCGCAGCGCAGGAAGUGUGACCAUCUCGCUCCAGGUGGCGGAUAGGGACCUUGCCGACCGCAUGCGCACGCUCCACCUGCCCAACGAGCUUAAGGGUGCCGAAGGGGCCGUGUUCGAACGCACCUACUCGUCAAUGCAAGAGGUGUACGACGUCGAGGCCCGACUCAAGGCAAACGAUCCGCUGGUGCAGUUCUACACCGACUCGAUCCGCGAUACGCUGCGCAGGCUCACCAAGGAGCAGGGACGCAAGUUUGGCGCGCUCGUGCUCGAGCCGCUCGUCAUGGGUGCUGGCGGCAUGGUGUUUGUCGACCCGCUCUUCCAGCGUGUGCUCAUCGACACGUGCCGUGCCAGCCAGGACCUCUUCUCGCUCACCGACCCCCCACUCUCGUCAUCCACCGCCGUCGCUGCGGAAGGGUGGCAGGGGAUCCCCGUGAUCUUUGACGAGGUGUUCGCGGGGCUCUAUCGUCUGGGUGCAUGCACGACCGCAUCGGUGCUGGGAACUACGCCCGACAUCUCGGUGCUCGCCAAGAUCCUCACGGGAGGCAUGGUGCCCAUGUCGGUCACGCUUGCGUCUUCGGCCAUCUUUGACGUGUUCAACCGCUCCGACUCCAAGGUCGAUGCGCUGCUGCACGGACACAGCUACACGGCGCAUCCGAUCGGCUGUGCGGUGGCGAUCGAGACGCUCAGUGCGAUCGAGACGCUCAAGCAGUCGUCUGACUGGAAGCAGGCUCGGGCACAGUGGCAGGCGGGGGAGAAGGGCGUCUGGUCGUUCUGGUCCAAGGAUGCGGUGGAGGAGCUGACGGCGCUGGAGGGAGUCGAUCAUGCUGUCGCCAUGGGCUGCGUCCUCAAGGUGGCGAUUAAAGACAACCAGGGCGGAUACACUUCGACUGCGGCCGUGGAUGUGCUCAAGAAGCUGCGGUACGCAAAGUCGGCCAGCCAGGGCCAUCCCAGUGUGCCCACGCAGCAGCCGGAGGAUGAGGAGACUCUGCCGUACAACGUGCAUGCGCGCCCGCUGGGCAACGUCAUCUACCUCAUGUCGUCGCUCAACACCCCGCCUAGCGUGCUGCGCACCUCGGAACGCGUGCUGCACAAUGCACUGCGCUCCGCCACCUCGUAG